AUGAAAUUACUUAUUUAUAAUAUGCUAUCGUCAAAUAUCAAAGGAGUGACCUGCGGGUUUCCUCUCCAUAUUGAAGUGGAACAAGUUGUAGAGAAAGAAGUUGAUUUCAACACCGAUUUUCUCAAUAACAUAUUUCCUAAAAUCGAUUGGAAAGUGCCAGUUGGAGCGGUGCGAACUAUGGGUUAUAGGGAACUUUCGAAGGAGGCGCCCGAGUCUUCGGCGCUCGAAUCAUACGAAUUCAUGAGGAAGUUUCAUCAUGCACUUCUUGAGCUCCACCUGGAGGAGGAUGCUUUAGUUUAUCUCGAAACCAGAAUGAAAUUUCCUGCAAGUAAGGGGAUUCCUAAUAUGCUUCUUCAUGAAGAUGAGUUUUGA